AUGCAACCUUUAAUACCGAAGAAGAUUUCACAUGUACUCGAUUUUCAUGGAAAACCAUUGAAAAUUUCCUUCUUUGUGUUGUUGAAAAAUCAACUGAGUAAAACUGACUUUAUGUACGUCGUUUCACAGCUUGAAAAUUGUAUCAUUAAGAAUUGCGAUAGAAACAUGAAGGUGAAGAAGAAGGCAAAUCUUGAUGUACAUCUUCAUAUCCAAAGAAAUGAUUCAAGAGUAGAUUGA